AGUUUAGAUAUAUCCCUGUAUUGUGUGAAAUCCCAAAUCUAAAAUCUUUUUGACUCUUUCGUUAAAGGUUUUUAGGCCUUUUCCUCAACGUUUACCCCCAUUCCUCACUUUUCUUUAUCUCUUGUCUGAAAUCGAUUCAAUUAUUUCAGUGGGGACUUCCAAAAAGUGGGUUUUAAUUGAAUAUUCCAAAUUUCCAAUGCAAUUGCAAUUUGGGUUUUGUCAGUUAAGGCUUGAUGAACUGAUAAAGCCUUCCAUCUUGUUGAGGAUUUAAGAGAAGACAUCGGAUUUGUCCCACUUCCUCCCCUGCGCGGUUGCUGCUAUACGAGAUCUAGCAAACUGAUUAUUCGCAGACAAUUAACUUUCAAAACUAGAAUUAUGGCGCCUGGUGGUGGUAGCUGCAAAGAGGUGAUCGAGUCCCGAGUUACAUUUUCAGAUUAUGAUAUGGCAACUUCGAGUGCGGAUUUAAGAGGUUCCCCUUUAAGAAAAACAGCAACUGCUUUAAGUGGAAAUCUGGGAUCGACAUCGAUGAACGAUGUCCACGAACUACUGGAGUGUCCCGUUUGCGUAAAUUUGAUGUAUCCUCCAAUUUACCAGUGUCCCAAUGGCCACACUGUAUGUUCAACUUGCAAGACUAGAGUUCACAACUGUUGCCCGACUUGUCGCAAUGAACUCGGGAAUAUAAGGUGUUUGGCUCUAGAGAAGGUAGCCGAGUCGCUGGAACUUCCUUGCAGUUACCAGAUUCUGGGUUGUAAUGAUAUUUUUCCAUACUACAGCAAGCUCAAGCACGAAAAAAACUGCAGGUAUCGCCCGUAUAGUUGCCCAUAUGCCGGAGCUGAAUGCUCUGUCACUGGUGAUAUUCCAUUUCUUGUCAUGCAUCUCAAGAAUGAUCACAAGGUAGACAUGCAUGACGGGUGCACUUUCAACCACCGAUACGUCAAAUCCAAUCCCCACGAAGUGGAAAACGCCACGUGGAUGUUAACUGUUUUCAAUUGUUUCGGACGACAGUUUUGCUUGCACUUUGAGGCAUUUCACAUAGGAAUGGCACCGGUUUACAUGGCCUUUCUGCGGUUCAUGGGUGACGAAGACGAGGCAAGACAAUUUAGUUAUAGUCUGGAAGUUGGGGGCAGCGGCAGGAAGUUUAUGUGGCAAGGGGUGCCUAGAAGCAUUCGUGAUAGUCACCGGAAAGUUCGAGAUAGUCAAGAUGGACUUAUCAUUCAACGGAACCUGGCACUCUACUUCUCAGGUGGUGACAGACAGGAACUGAAGCUGAAAGUGGCUGGCCGUAUUUGGAAAGAACAAUGAGGCAAACCUAUCGUACACUGUAGUUAAAAUUUGUCUCAGAAAUAAUAAUGUAUAAUAAAAGGGUCGCUAGAUUCAUGCAUUUUUUUCCUGUAAAUUUUGUACAUAGAGAGAGAGAGAGAGAGAGAGAGAGAGCACAUUGUGAAGGAAAUUAUGGAAUUUAUUUAUGAUAUUUGAAUACUAUCCAAAUUUGCAGAAA